AUGGGCGCAAACCAAAGCACGGCUGGCCAUCGGCCGCGAAAGAACAAGUCGAGCCCGCCCCCACCGUAUUCCAACGGCGUGACCACGACCGCAACUCCGAAGCGCGAUGGCCCCCAGGAGCCCGCAACAAAGGGCCUCCCGCUCAGCCCUGAGCAGCCAGGCGAGCAGUGCACAGCAGAGCUAGCCGCAAAGCUGCAGUCACUUGAGAGGGCUGUCUCUGAACUACAGCGCGUUGGAGCGCCAAAGUCAUCCAAACAAGCCAAUCUCACCGGUGCGAGCAUAACCCCUACUGACGGAACACAAGAUACCAUCGGGGACCAGCUUCAGGCCAUGAAAGAUAAGAACCAAAGUCUAAAAGAACAGAAGAGGAACUUAGAAGAGCAGAAGAGGAACCUAGAAGAGCAGAAGAGCAGCCUGGAGGAAGAGAAGAGCCAAUGGGCAAAAGACAAGGAAAGGCUGGAGAAAGAGAACAGGAGUUUGGAAGAAAAGACGAACCACAUAGAAGGGCGUUUGGAUGAACAGCGGUUGGCCCAGCAGGACAGCUACAAGACUAUAAUGACACAGCUGAAGGCAAUGAACAAAUUGAACGACAUCAAUUCGGGGCAUUUAUCGAGGAUCCGGGAACUUCAGGAUGAUGUGCAAACACUGGCGACUGAGGCAUUGAAGGCAAAGGUACUGGAAUGA